AUGGGAAUCCCUUGCUCAAAAUAGCAUCAUUAAAAACCUUAGUAAUUGAUUUAGAAUUAACAUGAUUUCUAAAAUCUUCUUGAUUAAUAAUAAGAGAACUCAUUAUAACCAGAUGAAGAAAAUAAAGAAUAAAAAUAAACUAAAAUUGAUGCAGCAUAAAAUUCAAUCGAUUUGAAUAAAAAACGUUAUUCAAGUAGAGACAUGUCAAUAAUUUCUAAAUACAUAGAAAAUGAGCUAAGUAUUAAAAUAAUAUAAUGAAGAAAACUAAUCGGUAAAACUUGAGAGACUUACUAUUGAUAUGAGAGAUCCAUCAAUGAGUGUAAAAGGAGGACCAGUUGCAUAACGAAAAGAAAUCUCAUAAGAUCUAUAAGAAGAAGAUGAUAGUCAUAUAUGCUAUACAAUUUAUACAAACCCAAAGUAUAAACGCUUGAAAAGUAUUAAUGAACGUACAAUGGUUCUAUUACAUUUGAAUGAAAAUAAUGAAUUCUUGGAUUUGCUAUACAGAAUUACUAAUGAUUAUCAUUUUACAAUUGAACACUAAGAAGAAUUCAAAGAUAUUUUAACUAGAUCAUAAGAUAGUUUUCUCUAAAAUUUAUUAAUAUCUGAAAAGUUUAUAAAUGAAUAUGGAAUCUUUCAUAUUAUUAGAGAAGCUAUUAAAUUUAGUAAAUUAGAAUUAAUACUUUAGAAUGAUUAUACACUAAAUUCAACUUUAUUGCAUUAUAAUAAAUGUAUCAAUUAAUUCUAUUUUUUUAUUAGUAUUUGUUGAUAUAAGUUUAUUUCCAUUAAUUUUAGCAACUUAACAUAUUAAUAUAUAUUGUCUAGAGUUUACCUAAUAAAUUGUUGAAUACAAAAAGUUAACAAAUUCAAAUCAAGAAUUGAUUAGAUUUAUUAAUGAAAUAAAAUAAAUUUUAGGAUGUGAUGUAAAAUAGAUCUAUUAUUAAUUUUAGAUAUAAUUUUUAUCAAUUUAUCAUUAAAAUUAGAAUAUGAUUGUAUCAUUAAUAAUUAGAAAGAGUUAAUUAAAUCGAAAUUAAAUAAUAUCACAGAUAAAUGAAUCUUUAAAUACCAAAUUAGGAUUUGUCUCUUGUUAAACAUAGUCAUUGAUAAAGUAUGUUGGAUGUGAAUUAAGUGAUAUUGAUCCUUGGAACAAUAGAGAAUUUAAGGAGGAAACAAGAGUAGACAGUUAGCAUUCAUUAUAAUAUGGAUGGAAGUAUAACUAACAUUAAUAAUAGAUUAUUUGGUUUGAAUGUCAAGUAGUAAAAUAUUUCUAAUAUAGGAUUUAUCUAUUAUAAUCCAAAUUAAAUGUAUAAUGAAAAUAUUAGAAUCUAUUCAUUAACUGACAUCAAUAAAUACUCAAAUUAAUUUGAAUUGAUUGAGAUUAAAGUCUACUGUGAAAAAAAAUAAUAUAAAAUACUUUUUCAAGUUACAUACUAAGAUGAAGAUCUAAUAAUCAUAGACAAUAUGGUAAUGAGUAAAUUAUUAUAAAGGCAUAUCUCAAUACUUUAAUGAAUUCAAGGUUGACUGGAAUUUUGGUAUAUGAUGCUGAAAAAUAUAUGAAAUAUUGA